AUGACUACUUGGGCUGAUAAGCGAACCAAGUCGGUCCUCCUAUUCGGAGACCAGACAGACUCAUGGGUCGAAGAUGUCGAUCAGGCGUACGCGGUGGCCAACUCGGCCCCAUGGUUGAAGACAUUCUUAUGCGACCUGACGAUGGCGGUCAAGGAAGAGACGAGGGCCGCGAGGCUCGAUCCGGUGUUGCAGGAGAGCCUGGGUACAUUUUCAAGCUUGCAAGAGCUUGGCGAACGGUAUCGGCACACGACAGAUGAAUUAGGCAUGGCACACUGCCUGCUGCUUCACACUGCCCGAGCCAGUAGCCUCCUGAGAUGGGUGAGGCGAGACGCGAGCAUACUCUGCAAUGGCAGUGAUACGCAAUUGCUCGGCAUUUCUGGCGGCCUGUUUACCAUGUCAGCAUUGGCUGCGUCGGACGACUUUGAAGCGCUCUGCGCGGCGCUGCUCGAGAUAGCCCGGCUCCUGGUGAGGCUGUGCAAGUUCACUUCGGUGAAGUCCAGGUCGAUAGAGGACCAGUCGGGCAUCUGGGGCUGGGCCGUCCUCGGCCUCUCCCUGGACGAGCUCAGCGAGACGUUGGAGCAGUUCCAGCAAAGCGUCGGUAUUCCUCCCCUGAAAAGAGCGAAGCCCGGUGUGACCGGGGCGGGUUGGAGCACCGUCAUCGGGCCGCCGUCAGUUCUACAACAGAUCAUGAGGGACUGCCGCGCCUUGAAGCAGGCGUCGAAGAAUCCGCUCAAGAUCCGCGCGCUCCAACACACCAUCGACCUCACCAAGGAGGACAUCGACUUCAUUGUCGGAGACAACGGACAGCUCCUGAACAAGUCGAUACGGGCCACGUGCUCUCAGCUAUGGGGCAUGGACGAGCCCGGCGCCACAUAUGCGAGCUGGGGAGACAUGCUCAGGGCCGUCUGCUCGCAGGUUUUGUCCCGCGGUCUCGACAUUCCCAAAGCCGUUGCCCGGAUGAACGCUUCUGCUCUUGGCGCCCUCGACUCGGUCAGGGUCAUCGAGAUGGGAGCUACAAGUCACACUCCGUACCUGGUGGCCGCUCUGGAGAAGACAGGUAGAGAGGUGUUGGUAGAAACCGCCAACACCCUGUCCAGGGCCAGGCCAGAGCAGCAAUUAUCCGCCCCCGCUGGUCGGGUCGCUAUUGUGGGCGUGUCGGGACGGGGUCCAAUGUGCGACAACAUUGACGAGUUCUGGCAAGUCAUCAUGACCAAGACCGACACUUGCACCGAGGUGCCUCCAGACCGGUUUGACCUGGACGAGUUCUACUGCGCGGACGGCUACCACAAUCACGGAGACGAGGGGGGGUGCACCAUGACGACCAAAUACGGAUGUUUCAUGCGCAAUCCUGGCCGGUUCGACUCCCGGUUCUUCCGCAUCUCACCCCGCGAGGCGAUGCUCAUGGAUCCGAGCCACCGGCAGUUCCUGAUGAGCACCUAUGAGGCCCUCGAGAUGGCCGGCUACUCGGACGGGAGGACCAAGGCGACGGACCCUACCCGGAUCGGCACUUUCUACGGCCAGGUCACCGACGACUGGCACGACCAGUCGCACCCGACCCUCGGCUGCGACGCCUACACGCUGCCCGGCGUCCAGCGAGCGUUUGGGCCGGGCCGCGUCGCCUGGCAGUUCAACUGGGAGGGUCCCACGUACGCCCUCGACUCGGCCUGCGCAUCUACGACGUCCGCCAUCCACCUCGCCUGCAUGAGCCUCCGGGCGGGAGAUAUCGACAUGGCCGUCGCCGGCGCCAGCAACAUCCUCAACUACCCGCACUCGUUUGCGGCUUUAAGCAAAUCCGGAGUCCUCUCGAACACGGGUAACUGCAAGCCGUUCCGCGACGACGCUGACGGGUACUGCCGUGGCGAUUUUGUCGGAUGCGUUGUGCUGAAGCGCCUCGAGGACGCCGAGGCUGACAACGACGAGAUCCUCGCCGUGAUUGCGGCAUCUGGGCGGAAUCACUCGGGUAAUGCGCCGUCCAUUACGACCCCGGACGAGAGAACCCAGCGGCGCCUGUUCCGCACCGUACUCCGCAACGCCGGUGUCUCUGCCGACGACAUCUCGUACGUGGAAAUGCACGGGACGGGCACCCCGGUCGGCGACCCGGUCGAGCUGAGCGCUGUGGGCAGCCUCCUCAAGCACACGGCCCGGAACCGCGGGCCGAUCCCCGUGGGGAGUGUGAAGGCCAACUUGGGCCACGGCGAAGGUGCUGCCGGCAUGGCUUCGCUGAUGAAAUGCAUCAAGAUGUUCGAGACGAAUACGGUUCCUCCCCAGCAGGGCUUCCCGCACGCCCUGAAUCCAAAGUUCCCGGCGCUCUCGGAGUUGAACAUUGAGAUACCCUCGGAGCCCAAGGAGUUCGGGAGGCGCCGGGCUGACGUGCCGAGGCGCAUCUUGCUUAACAACUUUGACGCUGCGGGGGGCAACGCCUGCAUGCUGCUUGAAGAGUACAUGGGCAAGUCUACCGCUGAAGCCAAGCCGUCGUCAUGCGUGGCCCGAGACCCGCGAUCCUGCCACGUCGUCGCCCUCUCUGCCCGAACCCCCGCGGCUCUGCUGGAAAACAAGCGCCGGCUGGUCGCCUGGUUGCGUGCCAACCCGGAGGCCAAAGUCGACAGCGUGGCCUACACAACCACUGCCAGGAGGAUGCACCAUUCGCACCGGUUCGCCUGUACGGCGUCAACCACCAAAGACAUCACCUCCAAGCUCGAGCGCGACAUUGCGAGCCAGUAUUCUUCGUCGGCGGUCGUUCCGUCUCUGGCCCCGCCCAUCGUCUUCGUUUUCACUGGCCAGGGCUCUCACUAUGCCGGGAUGGGUCGCGAGCUGUACCGGACGAGUCCCGCGUUCCGUGAAUCUGUCGAUCUCUGCGCGAGGACGGGAGAGCAGCACAACCUGCCACCGUUUGUCGAUAUCAUCGCCGAUGGCGAGGUGGACAUGGCUUCCAAGACGAUCGUCCAGACCAACUUAGCCGUGGUGGCCCUGGAGAUUGGCCUCGCCGCGUUUUGGAAGUCGGUCGGGGUGCAACCAGCGACGGUCAUGGGACAUUCCCUGGGCGAGUAUUCUGCUAUGCAUGUCGCUGGCGUCCUCUCGCUGGCGGACACCAUCUACCUUGUCGGCCAGAGGGCUGCCCUCGUCCUCGAACGAUGCGAUCCCGACGCGUUUGCCAUGCUUUCCGUGGCUAUGCCCGCUGCCGAGGUCAGGGGCUUCUUGGCCUCGCACCCGCAGUAUUCGACGUGCGGUAUAUCAUGUGUCAACAGCACGUCGGCAACCGUCAUCAGCGGCAGCAGAGACGACAUCCUGAAGCUGCAUGCAGAUUUGGCGGCGUCGGCUCGGUGCACCCUUCUCCGAGUGCCCUACGGCUUUCAUUCCUUCCAGAUGGACCCCAUCCUGGCCGACUACAAGAUCAUCGCCGAGGGCGUCACGUUUCUGGCACCGAGAAUCCCCGUGGCGUCUACGCUGCUCGAGUCCAUCAUCGACACCGAGGGCACCUUCAACGCCCAUUAUCUCGCUGGCCAUACCCGCAAGCCAGUCAACUUUGUCGGGGGCCUGAACGCCACGACGCUCGACCCGCUGGCGAACAUGGUCGUGUCGUCGUUGGAUAGUAACGCACGCGAGGACUGCACCAAUUGGACUUCCGUCUCCAGGUGCAUGGCGGCAGCAUAUCUAGUGGGUGUCCCCGUUGACUGGCUCGCGCUCCACCGGCCUUACGAGGGACACCUCGCGCUGCUGAAGGUGCCCACGUACGCCUGGGACACAAAGGACUACUGGGUCACGUUUUCCGCGGCCGCGGACGGCGCCCGAGAGGCGCCGGGAGCACGCAGAGGUAUGGACACCGCCAAGCGUGCGCAGACUAUCUCAACGCUUGCGCAGUACGUCGUCCGAGAAUCGUCGUCUUCGGGAACGGUCUCGGUGACGCUGGGCGCUUCCCUCGCAGACCCGGGCCUCAGCGCCAUCAUCGACGGCCACCAGAUGCAAAGUCUGCCAAUCCUCCCCGGGAGCGCGUUCUGCGAGUCUGGCUUGGCGGCGGCCGCGUACGCGCUCAAAGGCGCCGGCAGAAGUUCGGACGCCAGCGUCGCCAAGUUGUCUCUGCGCAACCCCCAACUGAAACUCCCGCUGACCAAAAAGCUCGUCGGCACCGACGGCGAGCUGCUCACGACGGUGACGCUGGAUAAGACGAGCAGAGACAUCCGCGUCUCGUGGAAAGCGUCCCCGGCGCAUAGAGGUCCCAUGUACGAGCUCGGGAGCUGCACGCUGGCCGUCUGCCCCGAUCCCGAGGGUCUGCAGGCUUCUUGGGAUUCAACUUCAUAUUUCAUCAAGGCCAGGAUGGAUGAAAUCGUUCAGUCCGCCCGACAAGGUCGCGGCCACAGGUUCCAGCCCGACAUCUACUACGCCCUUUUUGCGCAGACCGUCCAGUACAGCUCCGAGUUCAAGACUGUCAAGGAAGCGUUUGUCUCAGACGACUUCUCAGAGGCUGCAGCAGAGAUCGUGCUCCGGGACCACCCUACAAACAGCCGUUUCUUGGCGUCGCCGUACUGGGGCGAGAGCGUCACCAACCUUGCCGGCUUCGCCGUAAACGCAAACCCGAAGAACCUAGUGAUGGCCGCCGACUCGUGCUUCAUCAACAGCGGCUUCGUCAGCUUCGAGCAGACUGUGCCCUUCAAGGCCGGCGAGACGUACUGGAACUACGUCCGUGUCAGACGGGAGGACAAGGGGAACAAGGUUUGCGAUGUUUACGUGUUUGAAUCGAGUGGCAGGCUCGUUGCGCAAUGCUUGGGUCUUAACUUUCACAUCAUUGGCCGCGAGGCGCUGCAAAAGGCUCUCGGGGGCGUGGCGAAUGCUCCGCGGCUUGCCGCCGUAAGCAAUCCAAACGUGAAGCGACCAGCGGCUGCAGCCAAGGGGAAGGAGGAGGAAAGGGCGACGGCGAUAGAGACGUCGUCGAGUCACGGUAUCGAGCUGCAAGAGGAGAACCAGUCGUUCGAUAACGCGGGAGUGUUCGAUGCCAUCAUGCAGACCAUCGUCGCCGAGACGAAGCUUACGCUUGCUGAGCUGACUGACGAUACGGCCCUGACCGACAUUGGCAUCGACUCCAUAAUGUCUAUUGAAAUCGCAUCCAAGGUCACCGAAGCCUCUGGCUAUGAGCUCUCGCCGUCGUCAUUGGCUAAGCAUGUUACCAUCGGUGGUCUGCGGAGCGAAUUUGACAUCCCGCAGCCCGCAACAACGCCCUCGAGCAGCUCACAGUCGGAGCAGUCUGGAAAGAGUAUUAUUUGGGUCGACCACACCCCUUCCGGGGGAUCGUCAUCCAGCUUCUCCGACGUCGACGAAACAACAGAAAAGACUUCAAGUGGAACGCCGACCGCGUCGACAGUCGAAAUCGGGGUGGGAAAGGAGCUGGAGCUAGCCCCAAAAGCUCGGGUGUCCCCCGAAAAAACUCACGACUCGACCCCGGAGCCCGGCGUCAAAAUCACACUUCUCAAAGGAGCAGCUCGUUCCAGGAGCUCAGACAAGACAGAGCCUCUGCCGCCCUUGUACAUGAUUGCUGACGGCACCGGCACCAUCGCCACCUACCUUCACCUUCCGGUGAAUAUCAAAACGGGAGUGGCCAUGUACGGUAUCGACUCGCCGUAUCUGCACUGCCCAGCCCGAUUGACUCCCGAAGUGGGCAUCCCAGGCGCGGCGAAGCUUAUUGUCGAGGCGUUGAUCAAGAAGCAGCGCGAGGGCACGCCUUUCUGGAUCGGAGGAUUCUCCGGCGGGGCGCUGAUGGCGUACGAGGUCUGUCGUCAGCUGUCCAGCGCGGGCCACAGCGUCGGCGGCCUCUUGCUCAUCGACAUGUGUGCUCCCCGCCUUUCCCACGUGCCCGACGACGGCGAGAUCGGCUUGGCCAUGUUCGAAGCCAUCUCGGGCCAGGACGACAGCGGCGUCUGGCAGGGCACCGAUAACACCCGCCUGCACUUGCAGGCCCUGUUUGCCUCCGUCGCAGCCUAUAACCCGCCGCUGCUGGACAAGUCGGAGGAGCCGCCCGCGUGGCGAACGGUGCUCAUCUGGGCGGAGAAGGGCAUGAUCGAUCGCUGCACGCACAGCGCCCGCUUCAACAAGCUGCAGGAGCAACGCCGGAUAACGACCACCGCGUACCCGGGAUUCAUGCAAGACCCGGCCCUGGGCGCUGUCAUGUGGGGAUUGCCGCACAAGACGCGAGGUGACCUGGGCCCCAAUGGUUGGGACAAGUUUGUGGGCAGUCAACGUCUCAUGUGCAUGUCGAUCAACGCGGACCACCUGCAGAUACCGACGCCGAGCUACGCACCGUUGCUGGGAGAGCAUAUCGACAAGGCAUUGAGUUUCUUCCAAGAAACAGAGGUAUUAUCAUGAUUGUCACAGCAUACUUGUCAUGAAGUCGAGUCAUGGCUCGGCUCUUAGGUUGUAGGAUAAAGUAAUUUUGGGCCCCGGCUGAGUUGGUCGGCAGCUCUGUCCCGAAUCGCAAGGGAAUAGUUCUCCAAGAUAGUUGAGCUACAAAGAGAGUCAUUGACUUACGUAGACCAGCUACCAGAAAGAGCGAGAGACUGGAAAAUUAGGUUGAAUGUAACUUUCAACUCAAUAGUUUGACA